ACAACACGCGCAGCACUUGGCUAUAUCAUCGCAAUGCAAUACAGCUAUAUUUUUAAUGUCGAUACAUCACAAAACCUUGUUUUGUUCUAAACGUUAUUUAUGUUUUCUGAGGUAACAACGCUUGGUCGUGACAGAUGCUGCUUGUCGAAAAUUAUUUUUACCUUUACGUUGACUUACGAGACCUCAAAUUCCUUCAAAUGCCAAAAUAUCAAUUAUCGAGUAAGAAGCAGUGUUUUUAGCACACAAUAAAAGUUGGUGUCCAUGUUUUCUUGUUAAAGUCGAAGUUUACACAUAUAUUCUUUGUGUGUAAGGCUGUAAGCACUGAUGUAAGGCUCUUUCGCCACAUUUCUGCUGUUAUGGGCGGUCUUAUUCACGCCACAGCACAGUUUGUCAGUGGACAGCAGCGGCACCAGUUGCGUUUCUCUCUCUCCGUGGGCAGAAUGUCUCAUGGAGGAGUUUUGGAUGCGCCCAUGAACAUCCACAGGUAGUUACACAGUCACCACUUUGGCAUUUUUCUUGCAGAGGCAUUUUUUUCUGCUGUUUUUGUUGUUAUUGUCUUGCAUGCACAUUGUUGUCAGUACACUGCGGACUGUGCACUAGACCAAACAGAACCGACAGCGAUGCUUGCUUAUAAACAUUUGCGGAUGCUUUAGUUUUUGCAGAAUAUAACGCUAAGUUGGAUUUUAUUGCAAGUUUGGAUGUGAAGACAAAAGCGAAAUACAAUGGCAAGUGAUUUGAAGCCUCGGUUGUGUGUAAUGAAGAAAGGAGAGAACGGCUACGGGUUUCAUCUGCACGGAGAGAAAGGAAAAACCGGACAGUACAUACGGAAAGUGGAACGCGCGUCCCCGGCUGAGGCAUCGGGGCUGCGCGCGGGUGACCGUGUGGUGGAGGUGAACGGCGAGAACGUGGAGAGAGAGACACACCAUCAGGUGGUGCAACGGAUCAAAGCCGUGGAACAUGAGACCAGACUGCUGGUGGUUGACCGGGAGACUGACGAGUACUUCCGCAGCCUGCGUCUCACCUGCACGGAGGAAAUGGCCAUCCGAACGAGCCCUGCAGCCACGACCCCGUCACCCUCUCCGUCCACCAGUAAACAGGGCAAUGGAUCAGUGUCCAAACGAAGUGAGAUCUCCAAACCCAUCAGGAAACCUCCAUCACGAGCUCCUAAGAAGGAGGUUCAGCCCUCACCAGAGUCCUCGACAAGGGAUCCAUCUGAGCUUCUACCGAGACUGUGUCACCUGGUUCGGUCUGAGGCGGGUUACGGCUUUAAUCUCCACAGCGAGAAGUCCAGACCGGGCCAGUACAUACGGGCUCUGGACCCCGGCUCGCCCGCUGACCGCGCUGGACUCAAACCACAGGACAGACUCAUAGAGGUGAAUGGAGUGAACAUUGAAAGCAUGAGACAUGCUGAAGUCGUGGCCUUCAUCAAGACCGGAGGUAACGAGACGCGUUUACUAGUGGUGGAUCCAGAUACAGAUGAGCACUUCAAAAAGUUGGGCAUCACCCCCACCAGUAUCCAUGUCAAAGAUUUUGACGAGUCCAUAACUAACGGCUCCAAUAGCCCACACGUGAACGGGACGUCCUCACGAUCCACAUACUCAGACGGCAGCAGUCAGGACACAAACAUACAGUUCUCGAGGGAGAGCAGCAGCCAUCUUCUCGACCCGUUUGAAGAAAUAGGUCUGUGUUUGAGCCCCACGGCGGCUGAGGCUAAAGAGAAAGCCCACGCCAAGCGCGCUAGAAAGAGAGCGCCCCAGAUGGACUGGAACAAGAAGCAUGAGAUUUUUAGCAAUUUCUGAACCUGCUUCCCAGACCCCAGAGACGCCCCCCCCCUACAUUUGUUGCAUUCAACGCCCUGGACACUUGACUGCUUUUGAUGAAAAAAGAAGCACCUAUUUUUGUAGAAAAUGAAAACUUGAACCAUAAAAAGUUCACCCGGAGGGGAUAAUGUAAGUUACACAAUAGGGUUUCUGUCUUAUAAAUGGCUAAGAAAGUCAGCAGAGGGCAAAGCGACGGCAUAGAGGGAUUUCUGCGCCAUUUUGUUUUCAUGCUGUUUAUUCGGCCUCUUCUACAUACAGGUAGUAGGUUAACAGUAACGUAUACAAUGGAAUAUCAAAAGCCAAACGAGACUGCAUAUGGACUAGCAUAAGAACUGUGAACUCGACGGAACAAAAUCAUCUUAUCCCAUUUAGAAGAACUAAAAUAAUGAAGCUCGUUUUAUGUCGUGCAUGUUUUAUGUGAAUCACCAGUGAAUGAGAAUUGUACUUUUGCCAAAGACACAACCUAUAAUCAGCCAGAUCAGCUGAUGUCUUAUGCUUUUGGAUUGUUUUGAAGGGACGAACCACUGUUGGAUAUCAAGGAGAAAGUGUCUCGGAGUUGCAAAGAUUGUAAAAAGAAAGAAAAAACUGGAGUGACCCAGAAAGGGGAUUGUGCAGGGAAUUGCACAUCUCUUCCUCAACACUAGAGGGCGCAGUUAACGCACUCUUGGUCAUUAUGAAAGAAUUUAGUGGAAACAUGUUCCACCACCAGAGGGAGCAUCAUAACACACGCUACUGUCUUACAGCUCAUUUGACUGCAAGAGGGUUGAAACGUUUGCAUUGAACAAGUGCAGAGUUGCAAGAUAUGCCACAAACAGUCUUUGCUGAAUUUACAGUAUAUUGUCUACUGUUGCAUUCUGGGACGUGGAUGGAUACUGACAGACAGAUGGCAUGCAAGAAACCGAAUCGGUUUAGGAAGAAAAGCAAAUCUAAAGUAAUAAACCUCGUAAAACGAUAAAGAGUAACGUACAUCUUAUCUAUACAGAGUUUGAGGAACAGAUCUAACAGUAUUGAUGCUGUGAGUGUCACUGAACUUUGUGCAUAAAGACAGCUGGAUUUACACAUUACACUGACCCUCAAACUCAUCUCAGACAUGACUGCUUGAGCUGGAGGAUCCCACCUUUAUUUUGGUAGUCAAUAAUGCAGACAAUCAUAAAAGCUUUUAAGAGAGCGCUAUAUGCAUUUACUGCACACAUAUUGUGAUAUAUAGCAUCAGCAUUACUAUUAUUCAUCUUAAUAAUUCAUGAUACAUUCCAUGUUUGCAAUUUAGUAUUAAUGUAGUCAAGUAGUCUCUGUUUUUUUUUUUUUUCUUUUCUGUUGCUCCCCUAUGCCGCCAUUGAGCACUAAUGGGAAAUCAUUUCCUAUCAGAAAUAUUCAUAUUAGUAUUAUUUUUUUCAAUAAAGUGUGACAAUCACAUUCUGAAUAA